AUGUCGGUUCGAAAGAAAAUGGUAGUUGAUACAUCACAUCCAAAUAGUUGUGUUACUGUUGUAGAAUGCGAAGAGGAUCUGACAUUAGAUAAAAUAAGACAUAAUACAUUAACAUCAAGUGCACAAGUCAUUGCAUUCUAUGAUGAACAACUUAAAUUGAACAAAUUGAAUCUCGUUGAUGAAUCUUUGAGUUUACUUGAAUAUGAUGCUUUGCUUGAUGAAAAAGAUGAUUUAGCAUUGAUGAGUAAGAAUAAUUACUUAAUAAAUAUUUUAGUUUAUAUUCCAUCAAAAGAUCUUCUCUUGGGUUUUCCACUUGAUGAUUUUGCUAGCACAUUAGAAGGUGAAGCAUGUGAAGCUCGUUCAUUGUUAAAUCGUUUAGUUGAUACGCUUGUACAAGAACAAAAUGAUAUCGAUGAUAAACAAAUAAGUCCUGUUAAAUCACAAAAUUUAUUAAAGCAGUUCGGUCUUAUUUCAGACAUUCGUCCAGUAUUUGUGCAAGUGCAAGAACAGCAUUCAACUUCACCUAUAUGUUUUAAUCUUUCGAGUAGUUUAUAUUCUUCACCAAUUGAUAUUGUUGCUAAUGUGAUAUCAUCAAAAUUAUCAGCUUAUAAUCCAACAAUGAUAAAUGAAGAAAGAAUGGAAAUAAUCAAACAAUAUAGAUCACGUUAUUGGUUACAAGCAUUUGGAUGUGAAGAAAGACUUUUCGGUACUAAACCAUUAAUACAAUCACAUUACGUUCAAACAUGUCUUCGUCUUGAUAAACCAUUAUAUUUUAAAUUAACUAAUAUUGAAAAUACAACUGGUAAUGGUAAAAAACGAUGUAUAGCAAUGAUUCAAGAAGUAGAACGAAAAAAAUCACAAAAAUUUGGUGGACGAAGUAAUGAAAUUCGUCAAGUUGCAAAUGAAAAAGAUAUUGCAUGUAGAUAUUUUUCUUUGCGUAUUCUAUCUGGUCAAUUGAUUCCUGCCGAUGAAUUUGAUGAAGUUAAAAUUAUUAUUGGAUUAUAUCAUGAUACCCAACCAUUAUUUCCCGGUUCAAUUAUAGAAAGUCGAAGCGUUGAUACAUCAAAUCCUGAUUGGCAACAAGAAAUUAAAUUUAAUAUAACAUUGGUUAAUUUACCACCUGCUAGUAAAUUGUGUUGUUCGAUACAUUUUCAUCGACGACGAAAAUCAUUAUUAAUUUCUGAUAAAUGGAUCUGUAUUGGAUGGGCAAAUCUCAAUAUAUUUAAUCAUAAUAGUUGUCUUAUACAAGGAAGACAAGAAGUACGAUUUUGGCCAACAGAAACAAAUAAUAGCAAAACUACGGCAUCUAUGUAUGGUUUUAAUGAAAGAGCUUUAGCAGGUAUAAAUCCGGAUCGAUCUUAUCCAACAAUUGAACUAGAAUUUCCUAGUUAUGAAUAUCAAAUAGCAGCAUUAUCACCACAUAAUGAAGAUUUGGAAGAAACAGAAGAAGAUACUGAUUUUUAUGAUUGGCUUCGUUCAAUUGAAUUUGAAUUGACUGAACAAAGUCGAGCAGAACUUUGGGAUAGACGUUAUGAAUGUAUGCAUGUACCAGAAGCAUUACCUCGGUGGCUUAAAUGUGUUAAUUGGUCAAAACGUGAUGAUGUUCUUGAAGCUUAUAAAGUUGUUCAAAAUUGGCCAACAAAAAAUAUAGAUCCAUUAAUGACAGCACUGGAAUUACUUGAUGUUGAUUAUCCUGAUCCAUUUGUUCGAUUUUCAGCUGUUCGCUUAUUGGAUACACGUAUUGAUGAUGAUCGACUAUUACCUGUUAUACUACAAAUUGUACAAGCUGUUAAAAAUGAACCCUAUCAUGAUAGUGCUUUAGCUAGAUUUUUACUUAAACGUUCAUUAUUAAAUCAACAAGUCGGACAUUUCUUCUAUUGGCAUUCAAAAGCUGAAAUUAAAAAUCCUCAAUAUAAAGUACGAUUUGGUCUUUUAUUAGAAGCAUAUUUACGUUAUUGUGGUGAAUAUGCUAAAGUUCUUGGACGACAAGUACGAACUGUAGAUAAGCUAACAUUUAUUGCUGAAACUAUACAAAAUAGUACACAUGAUGAAUUGUACAAUCAAAAAGAUUAUUUUGCUAAUUUACUCACAAGAGAAAAUUAUACUCAAAAUCUUCAAUAUUUUCGAUCACCUGUUGAUCAUAAUAUUGAACUUGGUCAACUUGACUUAGAACAUUGUCGAAUAAUGUCAUCUGCUCGACGACCUUUAUGGUUACGUUGGACAAAUGGAUCUGAAUAUGCUGAACAUUAUUUUCCAACAUUUGAUUUAAUUUUUAAAAAUGGAGAUGAUCUUCGACAAGAUAUGUUAGCAUUACAAUUUAUUCAAAUGAUAGAUAUUAUUUGGAAAGGUGAUGGACUUGAUUUAAGUCUUUUACCAUAUGGAUGUUUAGCUACUGGUUAUUGUUCAGGUUUAAUUGAAGUUGUUAAAAAUUCUAAAACAAUUAUGAAUAUACAAAGAUUAGAUGGUUUAAAAGGACAAUUUCAAUUUGACGCUAGUGCACUUUAUCGAUGGAUCGCCAAAAACAACCCUGGUGCUGACGAAUUAAAAAGUGCCAUUGAUUUAUUCACACGAUCAUGUGCUGGUUAUUGUGUUAUAACAUAUGUUCUUGGUGCUGCUGAUCGUUAUCCAGAUAAUAUUAUGGUUACUGAACGUGGUCAAUUAUUUCAUAUUAAUUUUGGACAUAUAUUAGGAAAUUUUAAAAAGAAAUAUGGUAUACGACGUGAACGUACAAAAUUAGUACUUAUUGAUGAUUUUGUGCGAGUCAUAACGAAUAAUAAUACGGAUACGAAUCCAAUUGAAACACGCGAAUUUAGAAAUUUUAAAAAAUUAUGUAUCAACGGUUAUCGUAUUCUUCGUCGUCAAUAUCGUCAAAUUGUUUGUUUAUUUAAAUUAAUGAUGAAUUGCGAUUUAACUGAAUUAAAUGGCGAAGCUGAUAUGGCUUAUCUUCGACAUACAUUUGCUAUUGAUCUUGGCGCUAAUGAACAAGAAGCAUGUGAUCGAUUUGAACAAGUUUUACUUGAUUCAUAUAAGUCAAGUGUAAAAACACGUGUCGAUUGGGUUUUUCAUGCCCUUCAUCAUAUCGAAUCCUAA